AUGUCUAACGAGGUUGAUCUUGCCAAGCUUGCUGGAGAAGCGCAAAAGCGCUGCGAAGGAAACGAAGAAACGCUCUUUGACAAAAUUAUUCGCAAGGAAAUCCCCUCCGACAUCAUCUACGAAGACGAUGCUUGCCUUGCGUUCCGAGACAUCAGCCCACAAGCCCCCGUGCACUUCCUCGUUAUUCCAAAAGCUAGAAUUCCCCAGCUCUCCAAGGCUACUGACGCUGAUGCUGGCAUCCUUGGGCAUCUUCUGAAUGUCGCGCGAAAAUGCGCCGAGCAGGAAAAACUCGAAGAAGGCUAUCGAGUAGUGAUCAACAACGGCGUCCACGGAGCCCAGUCAGUCUACCACAUUCACAUCCACGUUCUCGGUGGUCGACAGAUGAACUGGCCACCAGGAUAA